AUGUACGACCCGUACAUGUCGCGCGGCGCUCUCGUGACGGGUGCUAUUGUGAGUGGUACGAUUCUUGCGGCUGUGAUAUACUAUCAAGCAACGAAGCCGAAGAAUCGAUCCGGUAAGUGGGAAGUUUUUUAUAUUUUUUNAAAAAAAACAUCUUUACCUCAACAACAUUUAGUCCCCAUUUGA